UCCCAUGUGCUUGUUCUGGGAGUGUAUUUCAGUGGUGUGUGUUGUAGGUUAUGUUCAUUUGAGACCUCUCCAUCGGGGAUCGCCUGGUGUCAUUAAGUGUCUGCUGGUGCUGGGUUUGCUGCUUUCCUUCUUUGCCAUGUCUAACGAAGUAGAAACGAGCACAACCAAUGGUCAGCCUGACCAACAGGCUGCACCAAAAGCACCGUCGAAGAAGGAGAAGAAGAAAGGCUCUGAAAAGACAGAUGAGUAUCUCUUGGCAAGGUUCAAAGGCGAUGGUGUGAAAUACAAGGCCAAGCUAAUUGGAAUUGAUGAUGUGCCAGAUGCACGAGGCGAUAAGAUGAGCCAAGACUCCAUGAUGAAACUCAAGGGCAUGGCAGCAGCUGGACGGUCUCAGGGACAACACAAACAAAGGAUCUGGGUCAACAUUUCCCUUUCUGGGAUAAAAAUAAUUGAUGAGAAAACUGGGGUGAUAGAGCAUGAGCAUCCAGUAAAUAAGAUUUCUUUCAUUGCCCGUGACGUGACAGACAACCGGGCGUUUGGUUACGUGUGUGGAGGAGAAGGCCAACAUCAGUUUUUUGCCAUAAAAACUGGGCAACAGGCUGAGCCAUUAGUCAUUGACCUUAAAGACCUUUUUCAAGUUAUCUACAAUGUAAAGAAAAAGGAAGAAGAGAAGAAAAAGGCAGAAGAAGCCAACAAAGCCAUGGAGAAUGGGAGUGAGACCUUAAUGAAUCUUGAUGAUCAAGGGACCAAACUGAAAUUGGGUGUGGACCACAUGGAUUUGUUUGGGGACAUGUCUACACCUCCUGACCUAAAUAGUCCAACAGAAAGCAAAGAUAUCCUGUUAGUGGAUCUAAACUCUGAAAUCGACACCAAUCAGAAUUCUUUAAGAGAAAAUCCGUUCUUAACAAAUGGCAUCACCUCCUGCUCUCUUCCUCGACCAAAGCCUCAGGCAUCCUUCUCGCCUGAAAAUGCCUUUUCUGCCAAUCUCAACUUCUUUCCCACCCCCAAUCCUGAUCCUUUCCGUGAUGAUCCUUUUGCACAGCCAGACCAAUCGACACCCUCUUCGUUUGAUUCUCUCAAAUCUCCAGAUCAGAAGAAAGAGAAUUUGAGUAGCUUGUCUACUCCACUGAGUAAUGGGCCCCUGAAUGGGGAUGUUGAUUACUUUGGUCAGCAAUUUGACCAAAUCUCUAACCGGACUGGCAAACAGGAAGCUCAGGCAGGCCCGUGGCCCUUUUCAAGUACGCAAACCCAGCCAGCGGUGAGAACUCAAAAUGGGGUAUCUGAAAGAGAACAGAACGGCUUCCAAAUCAAAUCUUCCCCAAACCCUUUCGUGGGAAGCCCUCCCAAAGGACUCUCUGUACCGAAUGGCGUAAAACAGGACUUGGAAAGCUCUGUCCAGUCCUCAGCACAUGACUCCAUAGCCAUUAUCCCACCUCCACAAAGUACCAAACCAGGAAGAGGCAGAAGGACUGCUAAGUCUUCAGCAAAUGACUUGCUUGCAUCAGAUAUCUUUGAUCCUCCGGUCUCAGAACCUCCAGGCCAGACGUCACCCACAGGACAAUCUGCAGCCCCACAGACCAACCCUCUGGACCUCUUCAAAACAAGCUCUCCUGCCCCAGUGGGGCCCCUUGUGGGUCUAGGUGGUGUGCCAGUCACACCUGCCCAGGCGGGACCAUGGAACCCCUCGGUGGUCUUCAAUCAGUCUACGUCAAUGAUCCCAGGAGCCAUGAUGGGUGGCCAACCUACAGGUUUCAGCCAGCCAAUGGUUUUUGGUGCAAGCCCAGCAGUUCAAAGUUGGACCCAGCCUUCAUCCUUCGGGGCCUCAAAUACCCCUCCAGCCCCUGCCAUCUGGGGCUCUUCUACAGCUGUGGCCCCCAACAAUUGGUCAUCAACAAGCCCUUUGGGGAAUCCUUUUCAGAGCAAUAUUUUUCCUCCUGCUAUGUCUGCUCAGUCCUCCUCUAUGCUGUCCUCUCCCCUGGUCACUCCUCCUCAGCCACCUCCUAGAACAGGCCCUCCAAGGGACAUUCCUAGUGAUGCCUUCACCGCCUUAGACCCACUUGGAGAUAAAGAAGUCAAGGAAGUGAAAGAAAUGUUUAAGGACUUCCAACUGCGGCAGCCACCUGCUGUGCCCGCUAGGAAGGGAGAGCAGCCUCCCUCUGGGACUUCAAGUGCCUUCUCUAGUUAUUUCAACAAUAAAGUUGGCAUUCCUCAGGAGAAUGCGGACCAUGAUGAUUUUGAUGCGAAUCAACUAUUGAACAAAAUCAAUGAACCACCAAAGCCAUCUCCCAGACAGGGUACCCUGCCAGUUACCAAAUCUGCUAACAAUGCAUUUGAGAACCCUUUCUCUAAGGAUCCCUUCAGUUCAUCACAACCCUCUGUGGCUUCCCAACCCAAAUGUUCUGAUGUACAUAGGGAUCCUUUUGGAAAUCCUUUUGCCUAACUUAUGAACUUGGAAUGCUGACUAUCCAGAGGAACAUAAAGGUUGGCCUUCGUAGUCAAGGACAAAGCUAAUAGCCAGAUGCGUCCUGACUUCUGUCCUUGUCCCAGCUUUGAUGGGUUAUCUGUUGCCUUAUUUCUCAUUGCCUCUUCCACUUGUAAAAUGCCUUUCACUUUCUGUCUAGGCUAAAGCUAAACUGAAUCUAUGGCUUUAAGUAAAUUAAGUUCCCAAACUCUAUAGUUUUAAAUGUAAAUGAAGUAGUUUCCCUACUGAGUCCUUGCCUAUCGUCAUCCUAGAACCUUCCAGGACAUUCUACGUUCUUCACUCUGGUUGGGAGAUGCAGCCACCACAGUCCCUCACAUCACACCCUGUUUUCAGCAAAUUUCCAAGUCCUUGCUGCACAAAGUCAUUAGGGGGUUCUACAACCUAAAGGUUCUAGUAGGACAAGGCCCUUGUCUCAGACCAUCUCUGACAGAGAAUUUUUAAAAUAAAAUGGAAGCAAGUCCAACUCCUCCUUAUAUAUCUAAGGAUCUUUUUUUAAAAAAAAAUAAUAGUUUCUCUUCAUUCUAAAGAUCAGGUUCUCCAAGGCCAAGGUUUUUUUUUUCCUAAUCUCCUGUUAGCUAUUGCAGAUGAGGGGAAAAUAUAAUUAACCUCUCUUUGCCUUCUUUCUCUGAUUGUCUUUCAUGUCUAUUUUUUUCCUGGCUUCAUGUACCAUUACUUCCCUUUUGUGAGCAAAGACUUUCAUGGGCAAAGAAAGAAAGAAAGAAAGAAAGAAAGAAAGAAAGAAAGAAAGAAAGAAAGAAAGAAAGAAAGAUAGAUUCACAGAUCUGAGGCCUGUGUUUCUCCUUGGUAACUGCUAGUCCCAGAAAGUAGAAUUGCAAAUAGUUAUAACCUGCAUCCUUCCUGUGGACGGGGCAACCCUCCUCUUGAGCUGACAUUCCAGAAGAGCAGUUAAUGUGGAAGAGAAAUUGAUCUCAACUCAGCAGUGAAGGACAGUAUUCUGAAGAGCAGGAACUGUGCCAGACACACUGGGUUCUUACUGGGGGCCAUGCUAGGCCUUUAUCACGUAACUGGAAAACUUUCUUGAAGCCACAGUCUCUUUGUUAGUAGGAAGAUAAAUAGCAGGGGAAAAGGUGAUGGACAAGUAUUGGGGGUUAUCUUCAAAAAUCUAAUGUCUGCAAUUUUUUUUUUUCCUCCUCAUAACCUUGGAAAAUUUCCCAGUUCAUUUUCAGUCCUAUUGUUAGCACAGUUCUGAAGGGUUUGUUCUUGCCAAAACAAGAUUUAUGUUGGAUUUUUUAAAUGUUAUCUCUUGGACCUUAAUGCUCAGGUUUUUGUGGGUCCUGCUCAACCACAUGCAAUGUUACCUUAGGCGGAAGAAGAGGACAGCUGAUCAGGAUUUAAGCAACACGGUGGCCUUGUGAGCUUCUGUUGAUUAGCCCCAAGUAGUCCCGCUGAAGUCCUGUGGUUUUAUGUUUAAUGGUAAUAGCUGAUUAUAUAUGGCAUAAAUUUCUGUCUGGCUUCCUACUGAGUCAUAUAAACACAGACUUGAAAUAGUACUUUAAAAGUCCAAAUACCUAAACAUGCUAAAACUGGAGAUAACUAGGUAGUUGAAUUUUUUUGAAAAUGAUGAUCAGCCACACAACUGUUCUGUACAUACUUGUUUUCUUGUGCACUUUUCUGUAUGCAAAUAAAGCUACAAAUUUACUCAUUUCAAUAAACUGGAAUGGCAAAA